AUGUCUGCCACUCAAACAAUGGACCAUGCCGCAUUGGAGAAGGAUGCGGGUCCCUCUCCUCCCUCUCCCCAGAUCAGCUCUGGCCAGAACGGCGCCCCCAUGCAGCCUCAGAUGUCCGUCGAAGAGCACCAGGUAGCACAAGCGGCCGCGCGCUUCGGCUACGGACCCCUGGCCCAAGUCAACAACAACGAACGAUCCCUGCCUCCCUUCGGUGGUGAGUUCCAGCCCGGUCUGUACAAGCCCGUCGAAGGCCGCAAAUUCGCCAAUCCGGCUCCUCUCGGCCUGUGCGCUUUCGCCCUUACUACUUUCGUCCUGAGCGCCAUCAACAUGGGCACCCUGGAUAUCUCCAGCCCCAACAUUGUGGUCGGUCUUGCUUUUGCUUACGGUGGUCUUGUUCAGCUGCUCUCUGGCAUGUGGGAAAUGGCUGUCGGAAACACCUUUGGUGCCACCGCUCUGUCCUCCUACGGUGGUUUCUGGAUCGCGUUCGCUAUCGUCUUGACCCCUGGUGGGUUCGAGAUUGGUGAGGCUCUCGGCGAGUCAAGCAGUGACCCUUCCAAGUUCUAUGACUCCAUGGGUCUCUUCCUGCUGGGCUGGUUCAUCUUCACCACCAUCAUGUUGUUCUGCACCCUCAAGUCCACCGUCGCCUUCUUCAUGCUGUUCUUCACCCUGGACCUGACCUUCCUCCUGCUCGGCAUCGCCUACCUGCAGCGCAGUCCCGACGGCAGCCCCAACACCAACGUCCAGAUGGCCGGUGGAUUCUUCGGCUUCCUGGCUGCUUUCUCGGCCUGGUACAACGCCCUGGCUGGUCUUGCUGAUAACAGCAACAGCUUCUUCAUCAUUCCCGUCGCUCACUUCCCCUGGUCUCCCACUGGCCGUGUUCGCCGUGGAAAGACCGACCGUGAGCUCGCAUAA